UCGUCUCGUUGCAAUGUCUUCCGCACUUGUGCGCGAGGCCAUCAAAGCAGUGGUGCCAGAGCUGCCCGAUGCCUGCGCCGAGGAGCUUGUCAAGGACACUGAGUUCCGCCUGCGCAUGCUUGUUGAGGAGUCACUCAAGUUCAUGUACCACUCAAGACGACACGUACUGACCACGGAUGAUGUUAACUCGGCGUUGCGCGCCAUGGACAUGGAGCCGCUUUAUGGGUAUGGUGCGUCCGCCCCGCCGCUCGUCAAGCGGAAAAACGCUCCCAACUCUGGGCAGUUUGAGGACGAAGAGGUUGAUCUCGCGGCACUGGUGGCUGCCCCUCUCCCAAAGGUCGCACCACCUGUCAGCUAUGCAGCGCAUUGGCUGGCAAUCGAAGGUGUUCAACCUGCCAUUCCCCAGAACCCGCCCAUGUUUGGCGAAAAUAGGCCAAUGCUCAACCGUACAGACAAGAACCUGACAGUUGUCAACGCCCAAGGAAAACCGACGACCGCGGCUGUUGGCGCCGGGUCGGGUGUUGCGCCUCCGUCGAGCACGACCCCGCUCGUUGCCGGCACAUUCCCGGCCGUGCGAAGCCUUCACGAGAUCAAGCACCUCGUCGAGCACACAUUGUCCAAGGAGUUGCAGAUUUAUUACGAGCGCCUGGUCGAUGCCAUCACAGGUGUCAACGACAACGCGCGUCAAGCAGCGCUCAUUUCGCUGGCUGCUGAUCCAGGUCUCCACCAGCUUGUUCCUUAUCUGUCUCAAUUUAUUGCCGACAAGAUCCUGCAAAAUCUGAACAACCUUCCCAUGCUAAUGAACAUCAUGUUGAUGACUAAGGCUCUUGUGUCCAACCCAGAGCUCCAUUUAGAGCCAUAUAUUCACCAACUCAUGCCAGCAGUACUCACAUGCGUGCUUGGCAAGCGUUUAUGCCAGCGCCAUACCGAAAACCACUGGGCGUUGCGCGUGCUGGCGGCGCAAGUUGUCUCGAUUAUCUGCCGAAGGUACUCGUCAUCGCACAACCAGCUGCAGCCGCGCACAGCCAAAACGCUCCUCAAGGUGUUUUUGGAUCCCCACAAGCCGCUCACCUCGCAUUUUGGCGCCGUUGUCGGCCUGGAGCACCUUGGCGCGGAAACGAUCAGCGCUCUCAUUCUGCCCAACUUUGCGAGCUACGUUGCGUUGCUCGCCCUCAAGCGUGAUCCAAGCAUUCCUGAAAACGUCUUGACUGUUCGUGAAGAAGCCGAGCGCGUUCACGGCGCGUUGCUGUCUGCCGUGGGAAACCUCCUCAAGCAUCGCGGCGUCUCCUCCACUCCCUCGGGUCUCUUCGACCCGCUGACCGAGCUUGCACCCGACGUGGAGAAGUACUAUGCUGUGGUCCACAACUAUUUCGGCUCGGCACUGCUUCCGUACUGCCCGCCGCAGCCGCUUGCAUCUGGCGCCACGCCUGCUGUUCCUGCAAUCGGGAUGAAAGAUGUGUCGGUGCCAGCGCCCCCUGUCGCGAUGGAUGACUCUGCUGCAGUCGCGGACCUCCCACAAGAGCCGGCUGCGGCCCCGAUCGAGCAGGACGGCAUCGGAGCCGGCGAUGCGGCGACAGCGGGUGUGGAAUUGGCACCCCCGCCCGCCCAAUCGGAUGCUGCACAGGCGAUGCAGCUAUGAAAAUACUCGCGUUCUUCUUCUUUCAUGCGCGUUCUUUCUGUGUGCGUUUUGAACACUGCUACGCUUGCAUUUUGCGUUCUGAAAUGAAUUGCUCAGACCCAUCUGCCUGUGGAAUUUGGAUCGGAAUGUUUCGCUCUUUUUUUUUUUUUUUCUAGUUCAUUCUGUCGGUUUUCCAAUUAAUUGUCA